AUGACUUCUCCCGAUCCGGCGCGACUCCGUCACGGCCUUCAUCCCUUGACCACCACGCUCGGUGUCUUCAACAGCUCCCUGCAUUCGCCCAUAUCCGCAGUGUCCAUGAGCUCCAGUCACCUUCAGUCUGCCCAGACGCCCGGCAGUAGCACCAUUCAGCCUUACAACCCUCAGGAAUGGGGUCCUUCACAAGCUGCCGUCGCCGAGCGUCCAGUUCAAUUUGCAGGCGAAGCCCAAGUUGGACCACUUCCUCCCCCACCAUAUAGCCCCCCCAGGAGUCAGCAGCAGCGUCCGAUGAGUGUAUAUGAUUCCACCCCUGCUUCGACACCGCCGCCGAGGAUCAACACCGCAAUGCAUCGACCUUCUCCCGAACCACAACUAGCCAACCCAUCGUUUCCUCCUCCUCCAGGUGGCCGUGGCAACUCGCGCGAACGCCGUUUCGGUAUACCCACAUUGGCACGGCGAAGAGAUGUCGAGCAAGCAUCUAGUCCUCCUCAAACACAUAUGGCUCAUAAUCACCGACAGAGCAUGAUAAUACAACCUUCCUUUAAUCAGCAAAAUCCCGAGGCAGCGGCUGGCUUUCCCCACGGCCCACCGGCAGCUCGAAGGGCUGUUUCAGCCGGUGCUAUUGAGACGCCGACGUCGGCUCGUUCACGUUCGGCCUCCCAGACAAGAUGGGAACCAGGCAUGCCUCUCCCGCCACCACCUCCUGGACCUCCUCCGGCAUCUGGGAGGUCGCAAAGUGUUCAGAGUAUGGAUAGAAAUGUUGUCCCCAUCAUAUCUCCUCCGACAAGGCGCCGACCCCCAGCCGGCGUGACGAACCUCGGUCCUGUCCCCCCGACACCAGCAGAUUGGGUUGACAGCGACCAGCCAAAUGCGCCAGGCCGUGGACGCUCACCCGCAUUGACUGUGAACACAUCGGUGAACUCCAAUCCGCAGCUAGAAUCUGUGGCGUCCUCGUCUAGUCUCAUUAGUUUGAACCGGCAAAAAGCAGUACGCCACGACAAGACGAUCCUACAGAGACGAAACGAAAGUCGAAACCGACACAGCACUAGGGGUUCAGUUGAUGAGCGGAUCCGACCAGAAUCUAUGGCGGAUAUCGUGGUACCUAGCUCGAGCGAUCUUGCUCGGUCGACACUUAGCAAGUCAACACCUUUGACCGAUGCAUUUGGGCAAGAUUCUCGGGAUUCAACACCCAGGGCUCUGGGGUCGGGAAAGCUACCUCAAGUAGAAGCAGAAACCCCCCCGUUCUCCCCUAACGCUGCUAAGCAAGCGCAGUAUGCCAGCUCGAAAGCGGUUGCGCCCAAGGCUCUUCCUACUCCGCCUCCUCGAUCUGGAUCUGCUGCGUCAGUUUCGAGAGUACGGGAAUCGUCCCGGCCGCCAUCAGCUGGCCGUGCAGUUCCAAAGCACCUAGCUGUAACGCAGACUGCCGACCAGUUUGCGACUGACACAAUUGAGCGUUUCCGAGAUUUCGCAGCCAAGGAGUCGAGAGCCGCCACAGAUGCAGACAGGGUGCGCCUUUUCGCAGACUUUAUUGUCAAUGAGUCGAGGAUCCGACGAGAGCGAUAUUCGACUGCCAUCGGUGCUAUGGGCUCGGAGAUUUUUGACUUGACCCGAGACUUAUUCCGACCUAUGGCGACAGAAAGACGACCGUCAGGUACUUCGCAAGAUGGGUUGACGCCUGGAUUUUCUGAGCCGACACGCUCUCGUCGAGGAUCUGCCAGCUCUGCUUUUCAGGGGGAGAGCUCUCAGUCAGCCCCUGGCUCAGCCAAUGUCCCUGUAUCCCCAAAUGGAAAUAACCCGUCUAACGUCAACUGGGCUACCAACUACAUGCCCUCUCUAUCCCCGAUUCUCAGUAUGAGCGUGAGCGAAAACUAUGAGAACGGCAGCUCUCGAGGACGACCCCCGAGCCGUUGGUGGGAGACAGACUCUCAAGGUAACCCGUCUCACCUCGAACGAUCUAGGCGAGAAUCCAAGUACAUGGGUGUGACAAAGACGCAAUGGGUCGAGGAGGAUCAACCCCCAGCGGUCUAUGAAGACCAAGGCUCGUCGUCUGAAUACCCCCCCGAGAAGACGGGUUGGCAUGAUCAGUCAGAGGCCAGCUUAACCCCACAGCCCAGUGCCUUUUCCACAUCAACGUCUAACCUGGGUUCGAGUCCGUGUUCAACGGUCAACCGAGAGCACCUCGAUGUUUCCCGCCUUGUCACGAUGCCGCCCCCUUAUCCGAGGCACCAUCCGGCCGUCAACAAUAAUCAUCCUGAACUGACCUCGAUCCGAACUGCCGUGCGAGCAUUGAGCGAGUUGGAUGAAGUGACCAAGACAAAGGAAAAGUUUGAGACUGAGAGUACCCAACGCCGCGAGCAGUUUACCCAAGCGGCAUCUGAGCGUCGCCAGGCUUUGAGGACCAACCUACAGAAUGAGAUCAACUCUGGCAGUCUGAGCUACGCGGACGCAGCUGUCAUCGAAUCAGAUACGCAAACGGGCGAGAUUUCCAAGAAGAAGGAGCUCGAAAAGUCAGAAUACGAGCAAUUCCAAAACCAGGUGGUGCUACCCCUGAAUGAGUUGCUGAUGGGGCGCAUCUCGCGUGCUACAGAGCUGUUUGAUGAUCUGGCUCGUCACUUGAUUGACAAUGGACAAAUCGAUGCCGACAUGCCACAAGAGGAGGGCGAUGACAGACCAGAGCUGCUGGAAAAGCUGACCCUGCUCAAAUGGAUCUUCGAGGCGCGCGAAGGCCUCCAUCGAGCCAUCUACGAUCUGCUUUCUGAUCGCAACAGCCGAUACUGCGGUGUCGUACUGACUCCUUACCGACUUUCGGGCAAUACCGAGAAGCUCAAGUCAGCAGAGGCCUUUUUCGCAGAAGAUGCGGCCAAGCGCGAGUAUGCGUAUGCUCAUGAGGUUCUGGAAAGGGCACGAGAUUUCCGAGGUGUCGUUGAAAAGGCUGUGGAACGUGGGGUCGCACUGCAGCUGUCGGCGUUCUGGGACAUUGCACCUCCGCUCUGCGAACUGCUGGACAACAUCCCGGUGGAUCUGGAAGGCUUCAAUAUCCAGAUCCCAGCUGCCGAAUUUGAAGAGAACCCGUCGUAUCACGAGCAUCCUAUGCAGUACCUGUUCAGUCUGAUACUCCACGCCGAGAAGAGCACGUAUCAGUUUAUCGAAUCGCACACGAACCUGCUGUGCCUGUUGCACGAGGUCAAGGAAGCAGUGGUACAUGCCAAGGGCAAGGUGCUGGAGACUCAGACUCAGGAUGAGAACGGAAACCCAAUUCCAAAGGCGGACCGUGACGCGCGCGCACAGCACAUGCGACAGUCAGAAGAACGACGGCUUACUGAGGACCUUAAGGAAAAGGUCCGAGUGGUACAGGACCAGUGGAGGAGUGCACUGGGGGAGAAUAUCACGCUCGUCAAGGAGCGGCUGGGAGAGUGGCUGCUACAGAUGGGCGGAUGGGACGAGUCGCUUGAAGAUGGAGGUGUGGGAGGAGUCUAG